AUGUCGCUCUCCAACAAGCUCUCCAUUACCGACGUCGACGUCAAGGGCAAGCGCGUCCUCAUUCGGGUCGACUUCAACGUCCCCCUUGACGGCACCACCAUUACCAACCCGCAGCGCAUCGUCGGCGCCAUCCCGACCAUCAAGCAUGCCCUUGACCACGGCGCCAAGGCCGUCAUCCUCAUGUCUCACCUCGGCCGCCCCAACGGCCAGGUCAACGCAAAGUACUCGCUCAAGCCCGUCGUUUCGGAGCUCGAGAAGCAGCUGGGCAAGUCGGUCACGUUUGCGCCCGACUGCGUCGGCCCCGAGGUGGAGAAGAUUGUCAAUGGUGCCGACACCGGCGCCGUCAUCCUGCUCGAGAACCUGCGCUUCCACAUUGAGGAGGAGGGCAGCGCCAAGGACGCCGACGGCAACAAGACAAAGGCCGACAAGGCCAAGGUGGACGAAUUCCGCAAGGGCCUGACGGCUCUCGGUGACGUCUUCAUCAACGACGCUUUCGGUACCGCCCACCGCGCCCACUCCUCCAUGGUCGGCGUCGACCUGCCCCAAAAGGCGGCCGGCUUCCUCAUGAAGAAGGAGCUCGACUACUUUGCCAAGGCUCUCGAGUCGCCCGAGCGCCCGUUCCUCGCCAUCCUCGGUGGCGCCAAGAUUUCCGACAAGAUACAGCUCAUCGACAACCUGCUCGACAAGGUCAACACGCUCAUCAUCUGCGGUGGCAUGGCAUUUACCUUUAAAAAGGUCAUUGACGACAUGAAGAUUGGCAACUCGCUGUUUGACGAGCCCGGCUCCAAGACGGUGCCCAAGCUGGUGGCCAAGGCCAAGGCCAAGAACGUCAAGGUGGUGCUUCCGACCGACUUUGUCACCGCCGACAAGUUUGACAAGGACGCCACCGAGGGCUACGCCACCGACAAGGAGGGCAUCCCCGACGGCUGGAUGGGCCUGGACUGCGGCAAAGAGUCCGUCAAGCUGUUCGAGGAGGCCAUUGCCGAGUCCAAGACGAUUCUCUGGAACGGCCCCGCCGGCGUCUUUGAGUUUGACAAGUUUGCCAAGGGCACCAAGGCGACGCUCGACGCCGCCGUCGCCGGCUGCAAGAACGGCAAGAUUGUCAUCAUCGGCGGUGGCGACACGGCGACCGUGGCGGCCAAGUACGGCGUCGAGGACCAGCUCAGCCAUGUGUCCACGGGCGGCGGCGCCUCGCUGGAGCUGCUCGAGGGCAAGGAGCUUCCUGGUGUCACGGCCCUGUCGAGUAAGUAA